AAAUAUAUGAAUAAUUUUGAAAAGGUUGAUGCUUUUGGACAAUUGCCUCAAGCCAGAUUUGGACAUACAAUAACAUACAUUGCUAAGGGGAAAGCGAUAUUAUUUGGGGGUAAAUGAGAUUAAUUAAAUGACAGGGGCGACUGGUGACACAGGGAAAUAUAGUAUUACAGGAGAUACGUUCUCAUUCGAUAUGUAAAGCAAAUAGUGGAAGAGAGUGGAAGGUACAAUUAAUAAAGAAAAGAAUAGUUUAGGGUACAGCCCCAUCUCCAAGAGCUGCUCAUUCAGCAGUGUGUGUUGAUAUCAAUUAAAUAGUAAUUUACGGAGGAGCCACAGGAGGUAAGACAUGGAUUGAUUACAUUAGGUGGUAGUUUGGCAUCAGACGACCUGUACUUGUUGGAUUUGAGAUCAAACGAUGACUUAGGUUAAUGGACAGUCGUACCAGUUGUAGGAACUACUCCAGGUAGAAGGUAUGGACACACUCUAACCUUUACAAAACCAUUUCUAAUAGUGUUUGGUGGUAAUACAGGAUAGGAGCCAGUUAAUGAUUGCUGUAUUAAUUAUUUAAAUUCAAGGGUGUGUAAAUGUGGAGAAGAGUCCAAUUACUUGGGUGAGAUUGGAAUGCAAAUCAGAAUAGCCAUUGGCACGAGUAUAUCAUUCUGCCAGCAUUUGCACAAAUGGUAGUGCUAAUGGAAUGGUUGUGGCAUUUGGUGGACGUUCAAAUGAUCAGUAAGCAUUGAAUGAUGCUUGGGGGUUGAGAAGACAUAGAGAUGGCAGGUGGGAUUGGGUCAAGGCUCCUUAUAAAAUUGACAAGGAAUAACCAGUGGGUAGAUAUCAACAUACAACAUUGUUUGUUUACAGCAUGUUAGUUGUUAUAGGUGGUAGAACUGGAAAUGUAGGAGAGACCUUAACAAUUGAUGUUUAUGAUACAGAAAUAUCAGAGUGGUCUAAGUUCAAUAGUAUAUAGAGAUUUCGACAUUCCUCAUGGUUGGUAGACACUAAUAUAUUUGUUUAUGGAGGGUUUGAAUUAGACUCGCCUAACAUUCCCACUGAUAUUAUUUCAAAGAUCAAUUUAAACAGAUUACUCUUGCCAAGUGAAACAUUAACUAACAAAUUGGCCUAAUAUUAACAUGCUCAAAGAAAGUAUCAUCUAAGUUUUAUUUAGUGUUUCACCUUAAUCAUUAUCACCUUAAAUGGCUCCCAUUUCCCCAGACACUCAAUAAGCUUCUCCUCUUAAUAACUCUUUGAUACAAAAGAAACCAGGUCAGACUAUUUAGAAUACUCAAAAAUAAUAGAAACCAUUCGCUUAAAAUCAAGCUGAUAAAUCUUAAUUCAAAUUUAUCAAUCAAGCUGUUGUAGCUGAAGAAACUAGGGAUUCCAAAGCCCCUAAUAGAAAGCCAAGAGUGCCUUAGACAGCUCAAGAGAAUAAUAUUGCUCAUUUAUUCAUAAGUACUUUAUUGCAGCCAAAGACCUUUAUCAACAUUUCUGAAAAUGCUAAGUUUUUAUUUUAAGCUCAACAUAUAUUAAUGUUGUGUGACUAAGCAGAAGCCGUUUUAAAAGAAUAACCUAUGGUUUUAAGAUGCAAGGCUCCAAUAAAGAUUUUUGGAGACAUCCAUGGAUAGUAUUCAGAUCUGAUGAGAUUCUUUGAUUUGUGGGGAUCUCCAUUUGUUGAUGGCAAGGAUAGUGAUAUUGAAGCAUUUGAUUACCUAUUUCUCGGAGACUUUGUGGAUAGAGGUAAUCAUUCUUUAGAGACAAUCUGUUUGUUGUUGGCUCUAAAGGUAAGAUUCCCAGAAUCUAUUCAUUUGAUUAGAGGAAAUCAUGAAGACAAGUGGAUUAAUAAUGGAUUUGGAUUUUCAGAGGAAUGUGCUUAGAGAUUAGGUGAAGAUCCUAAUGAUGAGGAUUCAGUAUUUGCUAGAGUGAAUCGAUUAUUCGAAUGGUUACCAUUGGCUGCAAUAGUAGAGGACAAGAUCAUUUGUUUGCAUGGAGGAAUAGGAAGUCAAUUAAAUUAUGUUGCAGAAAUAGAGAAUCUUUAGAGACCCUUGGAAGUGAUUCAUGAAGUCACAACUCCAGAAUAAUAAUUGGUGGUAGAUAUCUUAUGGUCAGAUCCAACUGAUACAGAUUAAGACUUUGGAAUCUAGCCAAAUAUUAUUAGGGAUCCUGCAGGUACUGGAAAUAUAGUAAAAUUUGGACCAGAUAGAGUUAUCAACUUCCUCAUUAAAAAUAAUCUUUCUCUUAUUAUUCGUGCUCAUGAAUGCGUUAUGGAUGGUUUUGAGAGAUUUGCUGGUAAGAUUUUAUAUUUAUAUUUAAUUAGGAGGUCAAUUACUCACAGUUUUUAGUGCAACUGAUUAUUGUGGGAGACACAAGAAUGCUGGUGCAGUACUAAUACUCAAGAGAAAUCUAGAGAUAGUACCAAAAUUAAUAUAUCCUCAAAAUCUCAAUGCUCAUAAUUGGAUUGAGGAUGAAGAAGCACUAAAAAAGAGACCACCUACACCACCUCGUUGGAAGAAUUAGGGGCAACGUAGAAGUUAUGAUUGA